AUGGAGUACUUUGUUAUUGUAGCAGAAGAGGUUCGGACUUGGGUUGAGAGGUUUCACACUGUUGUUGUGGAUAAGAAAAAGGAUAAUGAUGUUGUUGUAUUGGUUGCUGCGGUGGAGAAUAAGGAGGUGAAUGAUGUUGUUGCAUUGAACUACCUAGAGAAGCUCGUGAAAGAAGGCAAAGUCGAUAGAUACUUGGACAAGCCAGCUGCGCAGCAAAAAAGGAAUGCAGACGGAGAUGAGGAGCCACCAGCUAAGAUGAUUCGAAUCAAUGGCAUUUUCGCCGAAUCUGAGCACUUGGGGGCCACUAAUAACUCCAAAAAGAAGAAGAUCCAGCAGGCUUUACUAAUUUCACAAGUCCAAGCAGUCGAUACCCAACCUGGACCCAUUAUUGGCUUCAUUGAGCAGGAUGCAGAAGGCGUCGAUUUCCCACACGAUGAUGCACUAAUAGUAUCUGUUCAACUAGCCCAUGCUAUAGUUGAAAGGAUGAUGGUUGACAAUGGACGUGCAAUCAAUUUACUUCAACUCUCAGUCAUUCAGAAGAUGGGCCUGGAAAGCACAAUCAUACGCCGAGCAGAGGUACUUACCGGAUUCAACGGACACAUCUCAACUGCCAUCGGCCACAUCAUACUUGAUGUAAAAACAACGCCAGUCGUCUUAAAGAAAACGUUCACGAUCGUAAGUGAUUCAUUUCCCUACAAUAAGAUUCUUGGAAGACCUUGGUUGAUCAAGUUGGAUGCUGUCACUUCUGUCAAGUAUCAAAAAAUCUGA